AUACACUCACUCCUCCUUUCUUCUCUCACCUUCGUCACCAUGUCCAACGUCUUCUUCGACAUCACGAUCAACGACCAGCCCGCGGGCCGCAUCGUCUUCAAGCUCUACGACGACGUUGUUCCGAAGACCGCCCGUAAUUUCCGCGAGCUCGCCACCGGCAUCCACGGUUUUGGUUACAAGGGCUCCGCUUUCCACCGUAUCAUUCCAAACUUCAUGCUCCAGGGUGGUGACUUCACCCGCGGUAACGGUACCGGUGGAAAGUCGAUUUACGGCGAGAAGUUCGCAGACGAGAACUUCCAGCUUAAGCACACGAAGCCUGGUAUCCUCUCCAUGGCUAACGCCGGCAAGAACACGAACGGCUCGCAAUUCUUCAUCACCACUGUCGUCACGUCCUGGCUCGACGGUGCCCACGUCGUCUUCGGUGAGGUCGUCGAGGGCCUUGAGAUCGUGAAGAAGGUCGAGUCUCUCGGCUCGGCAUCAGGUACCCCCAAGGCCCGCAUCGUCAUCGCCAACAGCGGUACCGUCUGAUUUUGCGGCAAGUUGUCUGAACAUCUGCCUUAGAAGGUGGAACGUACGUACGCGCACACUCGGGUCCUCGCAGGGGCUAGAAAGAAAGAAGCAGAAGAAAAUCAUCCUUGUAUUUACACUAUACGCAAUGCACGAGCGAUAACGUCACGAUAUUGCUAUCGAUCGUUGCCAUAGGACGAGGUUGUGCUCUGUACAAGUCUGUGGCAUGGGCGGUGUGGCAAGUAUUGCGCGCUCAGCCGGUCCGCGGUGCGCACCCAGCGUUCGGCGGUGCAUGUGGCCUCAACCAUGUGGCAUCUCGUUGCC